AUGACUGAUGCUGCACACGAGAAAUCCAGAUUCACCUAUUCCCUUGCCCAAAUACUCGCAAACGAGGCGCCGCCGCCAUAUUCCCUGGAUGACUUUGGGGCUUUCUUGGAGUUUGAGCAUACCGGUGAAAACCUCGAAUACUACAACUUUGUGCGGAUGUACACCGAAGAGUUCCACCGGCUUGCCGAAAAGUACCAGUCCGUCGCUCGAUCGCACCACUCACUCAAGGGAAUGAUGCCCUCGCGGGAGAACCUGGCUGAAGGAGGACGUCUCCAUCCAUCAGAACCAUAUCCAGCCGAAGCUAUCGCGGCCGAGGCCGGCGAGUCAGGCGGACACCGGGCCGAGGGUUUUCGAGAGCGCCUUGAGAGCAAGCGCAGCAUCAGAUCGCUUAUAUGCAGCUCUGCUGAGAGCGAUGCUAUGAUCAGGCAGAUUCUCGAGAAGAUCCUAACACUGUACCUGACGCCGGGAUCCGACAAGGAGAUCAACCUGGCUGGAAAUAUCCGGAAAAAGCUCAUGAACGAGAUCACGACCAAGAAGCUGCCUCAUCCAGACGCCUUCAAGACAUCGAUCGAGAAAGUGUGUGAGAUGUGGAAAACUCAGUCGUACCCCAAGUUUAUGAAUACAGCUGACAGCCGAGCCCCCGCCGAGCCGUCGGCGGCAGCAGCAGCACAUCCACUCGCGGACGAAGCCGGCCAUGCUGAGAAGCCGAGCAGUAAAAAGCCGGGAUUUUUCAAGAAGCUGUUCAAAAAAUAG